GCAGCGCAGGUGAGUGGGUUGUCGUGGAGGCCACCUGCGUCCCCGCCCUACCCCUGCCCAGGAAGCCUCAGCGGGCGGCGGCCCAGGUGCAGCCGCACUCGUCCUUCCGGGCGCAGGUGGCCGCCACUGCAGCCGGCCGCGCGGAGUUCCGGGCACCGCGGAGGUCAGCGGAGUGGGGCCGCGGGGAGCCGGCGGUUCCCGGACUGUCCGAGCGCCCGCCGCCGUGCAGCUCGGACCUGGCCCGGAAGCGCUGAGCCCACUCUGCCGGCCCGAGGCUCCCGUGGCGGGCCCUGGCGGACAUCCUUCCGAAGUCGCCUGUUUCUCCUCCACGGUUCUUCGGUUUACAGUUUUUACAUUUUAUUGUAACUGAAAAGCGGUCUCGGUGGGUGAAGACGAGCCAGAUCUGUUAAGUGCUGAAGAUUGAACCCAAGGCCUUCACAAUGACCUACAUCCUCAGCACAUUUUUCAGAUUUUAUUUUGAGAUAAUAAAUCACUGAGUUUCCCAGAGUAGGCUUCAAACGGCAGUCCUCCUGCCUCAGCCUCCUAGAGUGGUAGGAUUACAGGUCUGAGCCUCCAGGCCCAGUUGAAAAUACAUUUAUUUUAUUAUUUUUGUAUAUCCUAAUAACUAAGAUCAUGUUGGUCUCCUGACUUUCUUGAUUACUAAGUGAAUAAAAUCAGCAUCACGAAAAGAUAAGUCUCAACCAAAAACAAGAAUAAUUGAUAACUUUCAUCUUGGCCACGAGUGUGAAAUCACAAAUGUUGUGCAAGGAUGGAAGAACCCAGUGUCGGGCGGAUGAGGUCCCAAGGGACCUGCCCACCCCCAGUAGCAUCCCGGACUCCUUCGAGAGUUUUCAGGACAGCGAGCUGCAGCUGGCUCUGAGCGCCGAUCCGCUGCCUCCACCCCCGCUCCCAGCCCAGCCGCCGUUUGGCCCAGCCGUGCCCUUCAGCAGUGACGUGGAAGAGCCGGAGUCUGAGCCCGAGCCCACGCCCACGCCCGUGGUGGCCCCAGAUAUCAAGCCGGUGCGCCGCUUCAUCCCCGACUCCUGGAAGAACUUCUUCCGGCGGAAACACGGGGCGCCGGGCCAGGGCCUGGGCUACAUCUCCCCGGGCGUGGAGUGCUCGCCCCCGGCCUCCCCGGCGCCGUCCAGGUCGGUCCGCGAGCCGGGGGCCACCCUGGAGUGCGGCUCAGCGGCGACGGCGGCGCCGACCUACAGCGAGCAGGUGGCCGAGUACCACCUGCGCUACUCCUACAUGAAGUCGUGGGCCGGCCUGCUGCGGCUGCUGGGCGUGGUGCAGCUGCUGCUGGGCGCCGUGGUCUUCGCCUGCGUCACGGCCUACGUGCACAAGGACAGCGAGUGGUACAACCUGUUCGGGAACUCGCCGCCCGGCAGCGCCUAUGGCGGCUACGGCUACGGCUAUGGCUACGGCAGAGGCUAUUACUACACGGGCCCCAAGACCCCCUUUGUGCUGGUGGCGGCCGGCCUGGCCUGGAUCACCACGCUCAUCUUGCUGGUGCUCGGCAUGUCCCUGUACUACCGCACCAUCCUCCUGGACUCGGACUGGUGGCCGCUCACCGAGUUCGGCAUCAACAUGGCCCUGUUCGUCCUCUACAUGGCCGGGGCCGUGGUCUACGUGAACGACACCAACCGCGGGGGGCUGUGCUACUACCAACUCUUCAACACGCCCUUGAACGCGGGCUUCUGCCGCCUGGAGAGCGGACAGGUGGCCGCCGUGAUCUUCCUGUUCUUCACCAUGGCCAUGUACCUCCUGAGCGCUCUCGUCUGCCUCAAGCUGUGGCGGCACGAGGUGGCACGCAAGCAGCGCGAGCGCGCGGAGCAGCAGGAGGCCUGUGAAUCAUCAGCACCAUCGAAAAAGAGAGUGUGUGAAGUGGUCACCAGCGACAGACAGAGAGACCCAGAUGUUUAUUUCAAACAAUGGAGAACAAAGUCGAUUCCCCCGGGCCACAUCCCGAAGCCCAUUGUGAUGCCCGACUAUGUGGCAAAAUAUCCUGUGAUUCAGACAGAUGAUGAACGAGAGCGCUACAAAGCCGUGUUCCAGGACCAGUUUUCAGAGUACAAGGAGCUGUCUGCAGACGUUCACGCUGUCCUGAGGAAGCUGGAGGAGCUGGAUGCCAUGAUGAGCAGGCUGCCGCAUCACCCAGGAAACCUGCAGGAACAUGAGAGAAUUUCCAGAAUCCAUGAAGAGUUUAGGAGGAAGAAGAAUGAUCCUUCAUUUCUGGAAAAAAAAGAACGCUGUGAUUACCUCAAGAGUAAACUUUCUCACAUAAAGCAAAGAAUUCAUGACUAUGACAAAAUAAUGAAUUGGGAUGUACACAGUUAUGCAUAAACCUUACUUGAAACUACUUUUUUAUAGUCAACUCACUAUUUAUUAUUUACUGCCUUUUUUAUGCCAGACUGUGUGGUGGAGAAGUGCAUUGCCCUGAACCGGCUGCCAGUUGGCUUAUCCAGCAGGCGGUGAUCACUGUGAUGUCACAUAAACAUUUCAAAACAGACUGGACCUGCUUCACUGAAAAUGGGAGAAACCCUGGAUUCAUCUGUGUACUUUCCUGUUUGUCUGUCUCAUAAAAAUACAUCGCCUGCCGGGUGUGGUGGCCCACGCCUAUAAUUCCAGCACUGGGAGGCUGAGGUAGGAGGAGCACUGGGAGUCCAGGC